ACCUACCGUUCACCAACGGUACCACACGACAAGUUACAAAACAUUACAUGUACUCACGUGUACGAUUAGGUCCAGGAACAAGGGGGUUCUUCCAGCGAACAACGACAUGCAGAGAAGAUGAAAAGUAAAAUGAAGUGAAUCAUUGAGUUCCGGGCGAACUAUUGCUAAAAAGAAAGUACGCAAUAUGACGGGGAAGACCACAAAAGCAGGAACCUACAGGAGAGGCGGGCCCAGAAGCAUCUUGCACUACAUUUAUAAGAGCACUCUGGGGGAAAGCCUCCAUUCCCAAAUUCGACAGUGCCUCCAGGAACCAUUCGUUCGCUCCCUUGAGUCCCACAGUCUCCACCGAACUGCCAGCCCGUUUAACCGCAGAAUCACUGUGCUUGAAUGGCACCCUACUCACCCCACCACCCUGGCUGUGGGCUCCAAGGGCGGGGACAUCAUGCUCUGGAACUUCGAUGGCCUCAACAAGGUCACUUUCAUUCAAGGGAAAGGAGCUGGAGACUUCAUUGGAGGGAUGAAGUUCUGUCCAACGGACCUCUCCAAGGUAUACACAGCCUCUGGUGACGGCACUCUGUCGCUGCGGAGCUUUGAGUGCUGCACGUCCACCGUCCUGUCCACCACUAAAGACUGUAGCCAUGACUACCACGAUGUCUGCUACUGGUACUGCUGUGUAGACGUGUCUGUCAGCAGACAGAUGCUGGUGACUGGGGACAAUGUUGGACAGUUGUCAUUACUGAGUCUGGAAGGCCAAAAAAUCUUUAGCGACAAGUUGCACAAAGCUAAAGUGACGCACGCAGAGUUCAAUCCCCGAUGUGAUUGGCUGAUGGUUACUGCCUCGGUGGACCACACAGUCAAACUCUGGGAUUUGAGAAACAUAAAGGACAAGAAAAGCUUCCUCCAUGAGAUGCCACAUGACAGGGCUGUGAACUCAGCAUACUUCAACCCUUCUGACUGCUCAAAGCUGCUCACCACUGACCAGCGAGACCAGAUCCGGGUCUUCUGCUCUUCUGAUUGGUCCAGACCACAGCAUGUCAUCCAACACCCACACCGGCAAUUUCAACAUCUCACACCCAUCAAAGCCACGUGGCACCCCGUGUACGACCUCAUCGUGGUUGGCCGCUAUCCAAACGAUAAAGUCUGCCCCGGGGAUGUGAGGAGUGUGGAUGUGUAUGAUGCCAACACAGCAGAGCUGGUGUGUCAAAUGCAAGAUCCCAGUGCCUCUGGGAUCAUCCCUGUCAACAAAUUCAACCCGAGAGGUGAUGUCAUAGCCUCUGGAAUGGGGAGCAACAUCCUGGUGUGGAAGUGGGACGGCUCCCCAUGGAGGGAGCGCGGUGAGCCGACUGAGGGAGAGGGGUCCAGGGACACGAGCUCCAGGGGCCAGCGGGGCAGCAGGCCGACGCGGCCUCCCAGGGAGGGGAGGUCUGCGGCUGGGGACGCAAGGCUGAGGAAGAAGAGAUCUGCCCUGGAGGAGGGAGAGACACAGACUGUGGCCAAGACCAGGUCCAAGAGCACGGUGAAGACUAAAGCACAGAGGGGAAAGAAGAAGUAAAGACGGACCCAUGGAAGAUGCUGAUUGGUGUUGUUUAUUUGUAUAUAAGGUACCGGAUGUUCUUGUACAUGUGAUCAUUCAGGUUGUAGCACUCUCCAGGGAUUUGUCCAUUCACUUAAGCCUAAGGUUAUACAGGCGAACAAAUUCUAUUGUAUACUUUUAUGUUUUUUGUACUGUUGUUAAAUAAAAGGUUAUUUGAU